ACGCCUUCUAUCUCGCCCUGGAACACGCUGUCACGACCCAACACCUAACGAAAUGUCCUCAACCACGUCGGCCGUGCCGUCGACCACUUCAACAGCGGCCUCCGCUUCCGCCUCGGCCUCCAGCUCACUCUCCGUUCCUGGAAACCUCAAGAUUGUCGGCAUUAUCCUCGCAAUAUCCAGCGGACUUCUCAUCGGCUCCAGCUUCGUGUUCAAGAAGAAGGGCCUCCUGCGGUCACAGCAGGGCAUGGUGGCGGGCGAGGGUGUUGCAUACCUCAAGUCGCCGCUAUGGUGGUUGGGCAUGUCAAUGAUGAUCCUAGGCGAGCUAUGCAACUUUGCCGCCUACGCGUUUGUUGAGGCCAUCGUCGUCACACCUAUGGGCGCACUCUCGGUGGUUAUAUGUGCCAUUCUGUCCUCACUAUUCCUGAAAGAGCAGCUGAGCUUCUUCGGAUGGCUCGGUUGCGGACUGUGUAUCCUUGGCUCCGUCAUUAUAGCGCUCAAUGGUCCGCAAGAACAGUCCAUUGGCCAAAUCGAAGAGUUCGAGAAGCUCUUCUUGGCGCCUGGUUUCUUAGUCUAUGCCUCCAUCCUCGUCACCGCUGCUCUAGCGAUCAUCUUCUGGUUUGCGCCAAGAUACGGAACGAAGAGCAUGCUGUGGUAUAUCAUGGUGUGCAGCAUGAUCGGUGGGCUCAGCGUGAGCGUCACCACCGGUCUUGGCUCCGCCAUCGUCACCACAGCCCAGGGCGAUAACCAGUUCAAACACUGGUUUAUUUACUUCCUAAUGGUAUUCAUUGCUGUAACAUUAAUCACCGAAGUGUACUAUCUCAACGUGGCGCUGGCGCUGUUUAACACUGCUAUGGUCACACCAACAUACUACGUGAUCUUCACAUUCUUCUCGAUGGUAACAACAAUCGUGCUCUUCCAAGGCCUCAAAGCGCCGGUAGUGCAGAUUAUCACCCUCGUCAUGGGGUUCCUGGUCAUCUGCGUCGGCAUCACUGUCCUUCAAUUAUCGAAGAUAGACCCUACACAAAUCAAGACGCUCGACCGGCGGUCAACUCUCCUAUUACAAGCCGCGAAGAGCAAUACGGAAGGAUUCGACGAGAAGAACCUUACCGCCGUCGAAGACCCCGGCAUGGACGCCCUGCGCGGCAGCUUCGGAACGAUGGGCAGCAUCAUCCGCGCCCGCAGCGCAAGACGACUGAGCAUGUCCAGCCGCGCCUCCAUAAACUCGCGCUUCAGCUCCCAACUACCACCAGUCCCCGGUCAGCGCAGCGACCCGCUCGGAAACGUCAAGCGGCACCAGCUGUUCGACAACCCGGUGCCGGCCUCGCCAGAACCGUACGGCGCGGACGCGUUCUCGAUGGCGAGCCGGCCGUCCGUGCUCGGCUCGCCGUUCAGCCAGCGCAAGCAGACGAUCAAGUUCGGCGACCAGGACGUCGUGCACUCGUACCCGAUGCCCGGGAUGGGCGACGACACCGCGACGCACGAGCGGCGGAACGCGCUGCACAGCAGCGGCGGGAGCGUGAAGUACGCCUCGGUCAGUAGCGGCACAUGGUCAUCGGACGCGGUCGUCGGGACUAAUGGCGAGCAGCUCGACGGCAAGUCGGGCGACGGCCAGAUCCUCACGCUCAACCUGCCCGCCCUCGACUCCCUCGACGAGGUGUCGACGAUCGCGCCCACGCCGAUGACCGCACCGCCCGUCCUCAGCGGCCGCAGCGACGUCUUCCACCAUCCACCCGUGCGGAACCCGUACGAUGGCCUGCCGUCGACGAGCACGCUCGGAUCCUUUCCCUCGAAUACGUCGUCGUCGCCGUCCUACGGCGCACGGGAGCGCGAGCGGAGUCCGGCGGCGGCAGCGCAGAUGUCGCCAGCAUCACGCAUGCGGCUCUUCGGACGCAACAGCCAUAGCUCGCCCUCACGGCACUAUCCGCGCGGGGAGCGCGACGAGGACCGGGAGGAGAGCGAGAGCCUGUGGCACCGACCGUCGGGCGACAGCACGAGCUCGAGCUCGGCGGACCUCGAGGCAGGGGGCGACGGCGGGCUGGGGAUGCCGGGGGGCGGGAUCAGGCUGGUCCCUAGCUCGACCUCGGGGCACCCCCGCCGCGAGCAGGCGGACCUGCUGUGAUGAUUAUUUGUGAGAUACGGUGCGCUAGCUAGCUACAUACAUACAUACAUACAGGCUCUUCUCUCUGGGCGCGGACGCGCGGUCGGACACGGAUCUUUUCUCUCUCCUUCGUUCACCUCUAUACUACCUACCUGUACGGUCUGCCUGGGCCCGCGCGAGGGGUCCUUGUGCGCAGUGUUGCCAUGUGUAUUAGACAGAUGCGACCGCCACGGACAAUCCACGGACUGGGCGGCCUUUCCCUCUUUC